UAUUUUUAAAAUAUGGGAAAAUACAAAAAACCUGCUAUACGAAAUAAAAAGAAACUUGUUGAUGAAAUAAGUGAUCCUGAAAUGGCUUAUAUGAAACGUCAACUAGAAAUAUUAAAAGCUGAUAAUGAACGGUUGCGAAAAGAACGACUUAAAAAUGACCAAAACUCCAGUAAAACUUUAGCUUUAACUGUAGCAAGCAUUGGUAAAAAUUCUAAAGCUAAACAUAUUAAUAACCAUAAAAAAUCAAAUAAGGAGAUUAGUGACUCUGAAACUAAUAUUUCAAAUAAUCAAAAAGUAUACAAAUAUAACAAAACACGUAAAAUUAUUAAUGUUUCAGAAAAUUCUGAGACAGAUGAGUUGACUUAUAAGCAAGUAUUAAAGAAGCGCAAACAUCGCAAAAACAAACAAGCAAAUAAAGUAACAACUAUAUCUAGUGAUUCUGAAACAAAUAAUGAACAAAUAUUAUUAAAAAAAUAUAAAAAGAAAAUAAAUGAUAAUGAAAGUGAUAUUGAAGAUAUGUCAAUUUCUCAAAAAACGAAGACACCAAUUGCAAAACCAACUAACUUGAAAUGGUAUGAUCUGCCAAAGCUAUUGUCACUUGAUAAUAAAGUUUAUGCAUCGUAUAGAGUAAGUUUAAGAUAUUAUUUAAUUAUAUCCAAAUAUUCUAUGAUGCAUUGUUAUAAUAUUAUCAUUAUUAUUUGAGAGUGCUAUGCGUGAAUUUAUAGCAGAAAAAUGGAAUGGAAAUACUCCAGAAUAUCGCAAGAUAAGUAUGACUAAAAAAC